AUGUGUACCAACCUUCGAGUUGCAGCUAGGCGGACACAUGAGGCUGAGGAAGGUCGUAGAAGGGAUUCUCAAGGGCGGUUUUCCUCAUACCCUGGACCCAAUAGAGGGGUUAGUAAGAGAAAUAAUACGGGCAUAGGGAGUGUAGGUCCAUAUGGAAAGAAUCGAAGUUUAAGCCACAAGAAGUCUGUAUAUAAGGGCUCAGCCCAGAAGAGCAUAAUCUCAAGAUCUCAGUCUAAUAGAAACCUGAUCACUCAUCAUGAAUCAAUGAUGUCAACCCCUACUAUCCAUGGACCUUGCUUACAGUGUGGAAAGAACCAUCUUGGAAAAUGUUGGGAAUGCUACAAGUGUCACAAGAUGGGGCACAUUGCUCGUUAUUGUCCUGAGAAUCAGCAUAACAUUCAGAACUCCAGGGAUACUCGAUCAAUAAUACCAAGUCGUGUCUUUGCUAUUACUCAAGAAGAAGUAGGUGCUGCCCCUAACGCCAUCAAAGGUAUGAUAUCCCUUCAGGGACAUAAUGUCGAAGCACUAUUUGAUUCUGGUGCUACCCAUUCCUUUGUUUCUCAUAAAUAUGUCUUGCAUUCUAAUUUGUACAUCUCUGAGAUGCCUGUUAUUUUGAGUGUGUCUACUCUUGUGGGUUUGUCUGUUAGAACUACUCAAGCUUGUUUAAACCUUACGUUAGACUUUAAAGGCCAUAGAACAACAAUAGAUCUAAUUUGUUUGCCAUUACAAGGAAUGGAUGUAAUUAUUGGGAUGGAUUGGUUAUCACGUAAUAAUGCUGUGCUAGAUUGUAGAAAAAGAGUAGUUGUCUUCCCUGAAGAUGUGGUGCCUACAGAACCAUCUAGUGGGUCAGUAUUCUUAUCCGCCGCGCAAGUAGAUGAAUGCAUACGAAAAGGAUGUCAAGCCUAUGCGGUGUUUUUCUCAAUACAAGUGGAUACCAAGGAAGGAAUCGAUAUUAUUGAAGUAGCUAGGGAAUUUCCUAAAGUCUUCCCUAAGGAAAUGACUGGGUUACCUCCUAAACGAGAAGUCGAGUUUACAAUUGAUUUAAUACCAAGCACAACACCUAUAUCCAAGAAUCCUUACCGAAUGUCUCCAUCCGAGUUGAAUGAAUUAAAAAGAAAGAUAGAGGAACUUCUCGAGAAAGGGUUCAUUAGACCUAGCAUAUCCCCAUAG